GUUGAUGGAUUGAUGAUGGAUUGAUUUCUUAUUUUGAUUCAUCUUAUGAUUUACCCCCCCUUUUUCCUUUCACUUAUCUAUCUAAUAGGCACACUCACAUCGGACAUACAUCCUUCCUUCAUUCAUCCGUCCUUCAUCCUCCAUUCACUUCAAACAAAGCCGUUCUGGAUCUAAUAAAUGGCGGUGCACGUGUCAGUUUUAUUCUUAGUCUUAUAGGUAUCUAGUCCCUUUUUAUUGAACAUCUAGAACUUUUCAUAGGUGCUGGUCUGUUUUAAUUUAAUCCCAACAAACAGAAUACCCAUACAAUCAAUCAAUUCCCAUCCCCCCAGACCCGUACCAAGAAUCAAUCAAAAAACACAACAUAUAUUUUCUCCCAGAUUUCAAAUCCCACACAACACAAUACACAGUACAAUACACAACAUUCAUUCAAUCUGCAAGAUUAUCUUCUCUCAAGGAACACUACUUUUAGGAAGAUCAGUUGAUGCAUUCAUCACUUCCUGACAACCCUCCCAUUAUAACAGAUCGUACCUCUACUAUCCUUCAUAUUACACGUACUAACGACGGGGGCUAAAGCAAUGUCCUGAGUGCGAAUCCCAAGAUUAUUCCAUCAACCACAAUGCAGUAUCAAAAACUUCCUUGGUCAUCAAGAAAGUUUUUAAACGGCUAACCUCAGAUCGAUGAGCAUUCUGUUGCUCUUGCCUUAUUCAAAGUCCUGCGAAAUCUACAGACUAACCUCAUUACAUCACCCAAACGGAAACCUCGAAGAAUCAUAGUACAACGAGUUUUACUAUCUGCCAUUUCCUGAGGAUCUGCGGAAUUGCACUUUCGAUUAAACGUAUCAUAAUUAUUACAUAUGGCGAACAAAAAUAUGUCGCAGGAAUCGGCGGCAGAGCAGGAGAGGCAGGAAGUGCUCGCAUUAUUGCAUUCCACCACGGGUAGUAGAUCAAGAGGAUCUGUGAGCUCCACGGGAUCUGGUCAUAGAAUUGGAUGCGGGAGAAGCAAGUCACCAUUUACGGCUAAUCCGCGUUCUCCCGUGCGCAGUAUGCUAGAUGUCGAUGGCGCUCCAGCGAUGCCUCGACACUCAUCUAUUGGUGGCACCAGUUCGGGAAUCCCUGUACCGAUUCGAAGUAUGCUUGAUGUUGAUACGCCAUUACCAGCGGCACCUGCUGUACGAAGUAUGCUCGACAUUUCUACUCCAGCAACUAAAUCGUUCGGUUCGAGAAGUGCGCAGACGUCUCCAACAAUAAAUCCCAAGGCACAUGCCAGUAAUGCCAGACAUUCGAGAAGUUCGUCAGAUGCAGCUGCAAAACCCACUGUAAAUUUUGGGCCGAGAGCAAUUACCAGGGUCGACCCCAACGAAUACCAAUUCUCUGGAUAUUUACCGAGUAAUCCGGGCGGUCCAUCGGUCCCGAAACGCAAUACUCAGGCAGGGAAAAGGAUUACGAGUUCAAUGGCGGAGGUAGUCAGAUCAGGCGUGGAUCUUAGUGGUUUUAAAGGAGGGCGUGAUAGGGGAAGACACAAUUCCAUUGCAAGUACUGGGAUUAGCACGACAAAAUCAAAGUCACCUCAUAAUCGCUUCUCGCCACGUUCUAGUUCCCCAGUCUCCGCGGAUCCCUCGAAAUAUGCGGUUUUGGACAAUGGCAAAAUUAUAGACGUCAACAGUGCCUACCAAAGGCUAUCUGAUGCCAACCUAGCACGGUCAAAUGGAGAGCUAUCCUCGUUGAGUCAGAAGAACCGGCAGAAUCGGGCGAAGAAUGAGGAUUUCGACAUCAAUGGGGCUCGAUUAAAGAAGGAUUAUGUGCCCAUGGAAGGCGAGGAAGGCAUUAUUGAUAGCACUGAUGAAUCGGAUGAUGAGGAAUCAAGAGGGCGCCAGAAGAGGGCGAGAAGUGUUGAUGGAGAUGAUAGCGAGGUGGAAAAGACGACUUUAGGCAUGGGGCGAGCAAAGGGUCCAAGGACACCCCUUAGUCAAAUGGCUGCUGCUGAGGCAGAACGUACGUAUACCAUUCCUUUUCUUGGUGUCAUAGACUCACAUACGUGUUAGGACAAGAUGUUGCGGCCAAGGAAGCUUUGAAUGAGAAGUACAAAGUCAAAUCGCUUCUUGAUCCACAAAUAAUCUUGACCGGACCUGCCGGGCUCAAGGCCAACAAGCCUGUGGUACAUCCGCAUACAAGCUUUGACCCCGACGGUUCUGGGGACCCUAGUCCACAUGAUUCUGACACUGAGGCUGAUCGAGGCGACGUCAAAAAGGCUCAGAGUCUCUCGUUGACUAUGUCUGCAAUCAAGUCAACUCCAAUCACAUCACGCUGCGUUCGUACUAUUCAUCGUGGAGAUUUCAAAAAAGUUCAACAGGAAGCCCGCGACAAUCAACGCCGUACUAGGAAGUACCUUGUCGCGACAGACCUUAGUGAUGAGGCAGCACAUGCUUUGGAAUGGACUAUUGGAACGGUAUUGAGGGAUGGAGAUACGAUGCUUGCCAUAUAUUGUGUUGAUGAAGAGCUUGGCAUAAUAACUCCAGAAAAUAGUGGUGAUGAUGUCCAGAUCAAACAACAAAUAUCUGCUAUUGCUGCAGCGCAAAGAUCUGCUAGAGUAUCGCGUGUCAAUACCCCUUUACUAACGCCUAGUAUAGGACCGAUUCCACUGAACCAUAACUUCAGAUUGGAUUCGGGAAGUAGAGCGCCAAGUCCAAUGGGGAGAGACUCGAGAAGCAAAGCGGAACAAGAUCGAUUCCGAGCGGUGGAAGAUAUCACUGAUAGAGUAUCUGAACUUUUACGGAAGACGAAAUUACAAGUACAAGUCAACAUUGAAGUUCUUCAUUGUAAAAAUCCUAAGCAUUUAAUCACUGAGGUGAUUGACUACAUUAAUCCAACUCUGGUCAUUUUGGGAAGCCGUGGGAGAAGUGCUCUAAAGGGGUAAGUUUCCACUUCCGUCAACCAUUUAGAGAAAACCGGAAGCUAACCAUGGAUAGUGUCAUUUUGGGAUCCUUCUCUAAUUAUCUGGUUACUAAAUCAUCAGUCCCCGUCAUGGUUGCUCGGAAGCGUUUACGAAAACACAACAAGCAAAAGCGCACUCCAAACAUACGUCUCGCAAAUAAUCUCACCAAUCCAAUAGUUAAAUCAUUGGCGAGUGCGAAGAUUGAUUGAUCAAGUAGAAGAAGCAUGUGUCAUUUGAGACAGGCAAUGGCGUUGGGUUUGCUUUUUGUACUAUUUUGUCCACCGGCACACACAAGCGCUUCUAGUUUAUUUGCCGGUACGGCAUUAGCUCUUCAAAAUCUUGGUAGCAGAGUUUGGCGUUCAUGGAAUUAGGAUGGGAAUGAAGCUAUGGGAUAUCGGCUGGCAAUUGCAAAUAUGGCUAAGGGAUACGUGCAAGCGGGAUUGCGAAAGGAUAUUUACAUACUAUUCAACACACCACUCUUUAGCAACUUUCCCCCCCUCGUCCCGAUGAUGAGGAAUGGGGUAAUAUGGAACAGGUACAGGAUGGAGAGAGAAGGGAAUGUGAUAGUGAUAGCGAUAGCGAUAGCGAUAGCAAUAGCGAGUAGGUAGCUUAAUGAUCGAUGCAAUUAAUUACUUAUAAAUCCAUUC